AUGCAUGGCCGUGUGCCACGCAAGAAACCAGCGAUAAGUGCAAAGAAUCGCGUUUUGCGAUUGCAAUUCGCAAAACAAUUCAUAAACAAACCACUCGAAUUUUGGAACACCGUAUUAUUCACUGAUGAAAGUAAAUUUGAAAUUUUUGGAAGAAAAAGGCAACCAAAAAUUUGGAGAAAAAAAAAUACGGAAUUAGAACCGAAAAAUCUUGUUAGUACCGUCAAGCACGGCGGUGGUAAUAUUAUGGUUUGGGGUAGCAUGGCAGCCUCUGGAGUCGGGGAAUUAGCUUUUAUUAACAAUACGAUGGAUAGAUUUCAAUACCUAAAUAUUUUAAGAACAAAUUUAGCUGCAAGUGUUAGAAGAGUUCAGUUGCCAGAUUCGUGGAUCUUUCAGCAAGAUCGAGAUCCUAAACAUACAGCAAAGAUUGUUAAGGAAUGGUUGCAACAAAAUGCUCAAAAUCAACUGAAUUCUCCACCACAAUCCCCAGAUCUUAAUGUAAUAGAGAAUUUGUGGGAAAUAUUAGAUUUGAACUUACGCAAAAUAAAAAUUACGAACAAGGAAAACCUUAAAAUCGAACUAGUAAAAGUAUGGAAUGAUAUUUCUGUUUCAACAACAUGUAAGUUGGUUGAAUCCAUGCCAAGACGAUUAGCUACCCUGUAUUUGGCCAGGAAAGUGAAGAUGGAAAACAAACAAAUUCGAACGAUAUUAUUGUAUGAGUAUAAACUGGGACGAAAAGCUGCAGAAACUGCUCGCAAUAUUAAUCAGGCAUUUGGCCAAGGAACUGUGACUGAGCGUACGGCUCAACAUUGGUUUCAGAAGUUUCGUAAUGGUGACGAAAGUCUUGAAGACGCAGAGGGUCGCGGACGUCCUUCUCUGAUCGACAAUGACGAAUUAAAGGCCAUUAUCGAAUCAGAUCCACGUAAAACGUCUCGUGAGGUUGCAGAGGUACUAAAUGUUGACCAUUCAACAGUUAUUCGCCAUUUAUCAGGAAUCGGUAAAUGCAAAAAGCUUGAUAAGUGGGUACCGCAUGAGCUGAACGAAAGCCAGAGGUUUCGUCGGUUUGAGAUUUGCUCUGCUCUGCUGUUACGGAACACAAACGAUCCGUUUCUUGAUCGGAUCAUACCAUGCGAUGAAAAAUGGAUUUUAUAUGAUAAUCGACGGCGUUCUGCUCAGUGGCUAGAUCAAGAUGAAAGAUCAAAACAUUUUCCGAAGCCAAAACUUCAUCAAAAAAAGGUUAUGGUCACUGUUUGGUGGUCCAGAAGAGGGAUUAUCCACUAUAAUUUUCUCAAACCUGGUGAAACUGUUACAUCAGUGAAACACUGCCACGAAAUCGACAAAGUGCAUAAAAAGUUGAAAGAUUUAUGUCCAAUACUCGUCAAUCGAAAGGGACCUAUCCUAUUGCAUGACAACGCCCGACCACAUGUUUCACGAAUCACCGUACAGAAACUCAAUGAACUAGGAUACGAAACCUUGCCUCAUCCAUCGUAUUCGCCGGACCUUUCUCCGACGGAUUAUCAUUUAUUCAAACAUCUGGAAAUGUUUCUGCGUGAGAAGAACUUCAAAACUCCAGCAGCAGCCAAAAACGCAGUUGAAGAGUUCAUCGCCUCUAAAACACCAGAAUUCUAUAAUACUGGAAUAAACAAACUUGUACUACGUCGGCAGAAAUGUAUAGAAUCGAAUGGUUCCUAUUUUGAUUAA